AUGAUGGCUUCUCAUAGCCCUCUGCAUCUCGCCGGUCGCUCGUAUCCUGACCAUCUCCUCCAUUCCCCCCUCCCGUUUCUGCCAGGCUGUGCGCCCAGGGCUGCUGUUGCCAUCCGCCUGCCAUCUGAUACCAGCAACCGGUGCGCAGUGGGUUAUGUGAAGGAUGCACAAGGCAACUGCGUUGACUCGUGCACGGUGCGCAACUGCGGCAUCAACGCGAGGUGCCUCAAGAGCCAGGCGGGCUGGGCGGACUGCGUGUGCGACAGGGGCUUCAAGCUGCUGCCCGAUGCGUCGUGCGCUCAUCUGUGUACCGCUGAGGACUGUGGGGAGAACGGGUACUGUGAGGAGGACCAAGGAGCCUCCUCCUGUCAUUGCAACACUGGCUUUGAAAAGACCGCGGAUGGCUGUGUUGAUACGUGUGUGCUUCAGGCGUGUGCUGGAAACGGCCAGUGCGUGAAGGACGAGAACGGGGUGGCGUUCUUUGCGUGUGCUGGAAACGGCCAGUGCGUCAAGGACGAGGAGGGGGUGGCAUCCUGUGUCUACACCUGUGUGCUCCAGGAGUGUGGUGAGAACGGCCAGUGCGUACAGGAUGGGGAUGGGGUGGCGUCCUGUGUUUGUGACCCUGGCUUCACGCUGCGGGAUGAUGGCAAGUCUUGCCAUGACAAUUCGCCCAACGGGCCACCUUCUUUUGUUGAUCUGCCACCUGCUGCUAUCAACCACCCCUGCCCAGCGGGCGAAGAGAGGGAUGCAGACGGCAACUGCGUUGACUCGUGUGUGGUACGCAACUGUGGCCCCAAUGCGAACUGCCUCAAGAGCGAGGCAGGCUGGGCGAACUGCGUGUGCGAAAGGGGCCUCAGGCUGAUGCCCAAUGCGUCCUGCUCUCACUCGUGCUCAAUAAUGGACUGCGGGGAGAACGCGUACUGUGAGAAGGAGCAGGAGCUCGCCGUCUGUCACUGCAACUGGGGCUACGCCAUGACCGACACCGGCUGUGUUGGUCAGUGCUGUGCUGCAAUGCGUGAAGAAUCUGUCUGUGGCUUCGUGCCAGAUGAUACAAUGCUAUACAAGCUGAGAGGAUGCGUUUUAUGUGCUGCAGAAGGAUGGCAUGACGUGGCAGAUUACCAUGGCUGCAUGGUGUAG